AUGGAGUUGCCCCAGGUCGGCACGACGUGUGGACAUCCAAACUGCACCCAGCUAGACUUUUUGGCCUUUCGGUGCCACAAGUGCAAUACGACAUUCUGUGAGCCCCACUAUCGGGCCGCUGACCAUGCGUGCCUGCGACAAAACUUUGACGAUGCGCGAAGCUACAAGUGCCCGCUUUGUCAACAACAGUUGGCUGUUGUGCGCGGAGAAGAUCCCAACAUGACCGUGGAGCGCCACCUUGCUUCCAAUUGCCAAACUGGCGUGGCACGCAGCGCCCCGCAGUCCAAGGGUUGCGCCGUACCAAAGUGCCGCAAGAAAGAGUUUAUUGCCGUAACGUGCCCCGAUUGCAAGCGCAAGUUUUGCACGCAACAUCGCUUCCCAGAGGACCACGCCUGUGUGGGGCAACGAGGGCGCACGGCGCAGGCUGCCUCGGCCCGUCAG